AUGAUAAAUAAUAAUUUAUCUAAUAUAUCAUCAAAAGAAUGUUUUUGUAAUAUAAUUACAGAAGAUUUAACAUUCCAACAAAAAAUAUUAAUUUUAGGAUUACUUCCAACUAUCUCAUUUAUUGGUAUUAUUGAUAAUAUCUUUAAUUUUAUUAUAUAUAUAAGAAAUAAAAAUUCCGGAUCCAGAUAUCUUGCUUUUUUAAGCAUUAGUGAUUUUGGAAUUUGUUUAAUGGGAAUACUUGUGAUGUUUGCUGAUUCAUUAAGAACAUAUAAUUAUACAAUUGAUCAAAUGUUUAGUAGAUGUAUGCCAUACCUUCAACCACUUUCUUCAAUGUUUCAAAUGUUUUCAGUAUAUAUUACAGUUGGUGCAGCUAUAAAUUGUUAUUAUUCUGUUUCUCCUCGUCAUAAAAAUAUUAAAAAUUGGUAUUCAACCGUCAAAUUUGCAAAUAAAAUAGCUACAUACAUUUUUGUUUUUAUUGUCUUAUAUAAUAUUAUACUUUUUAAAGAAUUAGAAACUGUUUUAUGUUUUAGUAAUAUUUAUGGACAUGAAAUUUAUGAAUUAUGCCCAACUGACUUACGAAUAAGUGAAACAUAUAUGACUAUUUAUAGAGGUUAUAUGUAUGCCAUACUUUGUGCUGUAUCACCUUUUUUAAUACUAUGCAUUUUAACAAUAGGAAUAUUAUCAAAUUAUAAAAAUAAAAAUAAUAGUAAAAUUGAGGAAUUUAAAGAUAAUAUGUGUAUGAAUAAUAUUGAAAUAAAUGAAUCAAAUAUAAACCAAAAUCAUCAAGAUGAAGAAUCACCAAUUGUUUUAAUAUUAGUAGUUAUAUUAUUUUUAAUAUGUAAUAUAAUUCCAUUAGCAGUCAAUAUUUGUGAAUUUAUACCAGGACUUCUUAAUGAAGAGCAAUUACAUUUCCUCUCUGAUAUUGGUAAUAAUUUAGUUGUUUUUAAUGCAACGGCAAAUUUUUUUAUUUACGCAAUAUUUUCAAAUUCAUAUAGACAAGAUUUAUUAAAUUAUAGUACAAAAUUAUUUUGCUUUUUUACAAAUACUAGAUUAUUACAAACUUCAGAAGCAGUAAUAGUAUAA